GGGUAUGAUACACAUACACACAGAUCAACCACACUCUCAAACCUGCGCAGCUAUAGCCCCAAGAGAGGCGUCCCUGCCAUUGAGUCACUGCUCCUGCUCUCUGCCUUCCCAGUUCCCAAGCAGGAGAAGGAGGAGAGGAAAGCGUCAUUCGUCGUUGCCAUGGCUCGGCUAUCUGAUCUCAUCAACCUUGAUCUCUCCGACAGCACCCAGAAGAUCAUCGCCGAGUACAUAUGGGUUGGCGGUUCUGGGAUGGAUGUGAGGAGCAAAGCCAGGACCCUGUCCGGACCCGUUGAUGACCCCCGCAAGCUUCCGAAAUGGAACUUCGACGGCUCCAGCACCGGCCAAGCCACGGGUGACGACAGUGAAGUCAUCCUUUGUCCACAAGCCAUCUUCAGGGACCCGUUCAGGAAGGGGAAGAACAUACUGGUCAUGUGCGACUGCUAUGCGCCGAACGGAGACCCGAUUCCGAGCAACAAGCGGCACGUGGCGGCGAAGAUCUUCAGCCACCCUGAUGUCAAGGAUGAAGAGCCAUGGUUUGGGAUUGAGCAGGAGUACACCCUUCUUCAGAAGGACACCAACUGGCCCCUCGGCUGGCCGCUGGGCGGCUACCCUGGCCCUCAGGGACCUUACUACUGCGCCGCCGGGGCGGACAAGUCGUACGGUCGGGACAUCGUGGACGCGCACUACAAGGCCUGCCUCUACGCCGGCAUCGACAUCAGCGGCAUCAACGGGGAGGUCAUGCCAGGGCAGUGGGAGUUCCAGGUCGGCCCCGUCGUCGGCAUCUCGGCCGGCGACCAGCUCUGGGUGGCUCGCUACAUCCUUGAGAGGAUCACCGAGAUCGCCGGCGUGGUCGUCUCCUUCGACCCCAAGCCGAUUCCGGGAGACUGGAAUGGUGCUGGUGCUCACACUAACUACAGCACCAAGUCGAUGAGGGGCGACGGCGGGUACGAGGUGAUAAAGAAGGCGAUCAAGAAGCUGGGCCUCCGCCACCGGGACCACAUCGCCGCGUACGGGGACGGCAACGAGCGCCGCCUCACCGGCCGCCACGAGACCGCCGACAUCAACACCUUCGUCUGGGGCGUGGCGAACCGCGGGGCGUCGGUGCGCGUCGGCCGCGACAUAGAGAAGGCAGGCAAAGGGUACUUCGAGGACCGGAGGCCGGCGUCGAACAUGGACCCGUACGUGGUGACCUCGCUGAUCGCGGAAACCACCAUCCUGUGGAAGCCCAGCCACUCCAACGGCGUCGCGGCUCCUUGAUGAUUCUGCAGCCGAGGAGCCACGGGCUUCGCACUUGCACGGUCGCGCCCGAGUCUGUGUGACUGUGUGUGUGCAGCGGUGCCAAGAUGGUAAAUGAGACCGACGCUGCUUGCAGUUGCAGGCCGCAGCAACUUCAGAUGACAAUAAUAGACUGCAGUGUGCUCUUUGUUUGGAACGAUAAACUUUAUUUUAAAGAAUAACUGCCAUGUGCUCGUUCCCGUAGUA